AUGGGAUACUUAAAAUCUCUUGCUACCUCAUUUGUAUGGGUUUGCACAUUUUUAGCAAUCAUUACUUUUAUCCCUGGAUUGCCACCCAACGUCGACUUCACUGCCCAUAAUCUGACGUUGCCAAAAAAAAUUCCAAAGGAACUUCUGAAUGAAAAUCUAAACAAAGCGGAAAAACUUUAUCAAGAAAAAGUACGUGGACCUGAAUCUUUUGAUUCUUAUGAUGGUAUUUUAUACUUCACAACAGCCAAUGGUGCUGUUCAUAAAAUUAUUGGUGAUGAAUUGAAAGAAGUUGUCAAGUUCAAAGAGACUUGUAAAAACAAGUUGGAAGAAGAUUUGUGUAGCCACCCACUAGGUUUGAAAUUCGAUAAAAAAGGAACUCUGUACGUCGUCGACACAUCUUAUGGUAUUUAUAAAGUAGACGUGAAGAAAGGAAGUUAUGAAAAAAUUAUCGACGCAUCCCAGCCUAUCGAAGGCAAGAUACCAAAGACUCCUAAUAGCGUUGACGUUGCUGAAAAUGGUGAUCUUUAUUGGACUGAUAUGAGUUCUGAUUAUAAACUCAAUGACGGAAUAUUCUCAACAUUAAGUGAUCCCAGUGGACGGUUAAUAUAUUUCGAUGCAAAAACAAAGAAAAACAAAGUUCUAUUAGAUAAUCUGGGAUGCGCUAAUGGUGUAAAACUCAGCGACGAUGAAAGUUUUGUACUUGUUAAUGAACUGGUAAUGUCGCGAGUAGUUAAGUAUCAUCUGAAGGGACCAAAAACUGGACAAAGUGAAAUCUUAGUUGAGGGCUUACCAGGAUUUCCCGAUAACAUUCAUUCAGAUAACCACGGAAAUUUCCUAAUAAGUAUAGUUGUUAUCGCAGAUGAAGAAAACCCCCAACUUGUUCAAUCUCUGUUACCUCACCCGAAUGUCCGCAAAAUGUGUGUCCGGUUUUUAUCUUUAUUGGAACUUCCAUUCAAAUUAUUCGACAAAGUUUAUCCGAAUGAUUAUUGCAAGCGAAUUCAUUAUUGGAUCGGAUCAUUCCAAAACUCUCCAAUGGUAGUUCCGACGGACGCCAUUGUCCUGAGAAUUGACGCUAAUGGAAAAAUUCUCAAUGCGAUGGCAACUAGCAAUAGUGAGAUUUCCAGUAUAAGUUCUGCUUUUUUCUUGAAUGAUUAUAUGUGGCUUGGAAGUCCAUUUAAUGAUUAUCUAGCCAGAAUUCAUAUCGAUGAAAUAUUACCCGAGCUAAAAAAUAAGUUUGAUAAGAAACCUUCCCAAAAGUCUAACACGCAACAAGUAAAACCAGAUUCAAAAAAAGAAUCAAAAGUCAAGGUAGAAUUAUAG